AUGCAGGGGCAAGGAUUCAUGGCAUUUCAGACUCCCAUCUCGACUUCAGUUCAUCUCAAUUAUUGGAUGGGUCGAGUGAACAACACUACCAAAAUGCUAUACAAAGAUAUCCUUUUAAUUCUACCCUGGAACAUAUGCAACCUUGACCAUGUCCUUGUGAGACACCGAAGGAUAUUCGGAACACGAGCAUUCGACUUUCAAGCAUGGGGAAAGACUGGAGGAUGGGAUCCAAUUGCCAUUACGACGCCAAAGCUGUAUACGGAGGCGAUUGUCGAAUGGGAAUGUUACGAUUAG